CCGUAUCAGCCGUCGUAGUCGUAAAACAAGUCGAGUAUGUUUUCAUUGAAGUUGAAGCAGUUGGCGGUGGCUAGGGUUAGUGAGAGAGAGAGAGAGGAGAGAUAGAAGAGAGAUGGCGAAGUUUAAUGAGGUGCAGAAGAGGAAGCGAGCGCAGAAUGCGGAGAAGAAGAGAGCGGUUCACGGCGACGCAACCACUGGGAAGCUCCACAACAAGCCCCAACCCCUCUCCAUCUCCGGCAAGCGCAAGCGCAAGCUCUUGAAAAAAUGGCGCCGAGACCAGAACGAGGCUGUGAAAAAGGGACUGAUAACUAUGCAAGAUGUGGAAAUGGCUGCUGCCGAUGCUGAUGAAGGGGAAGAAUCUAAAGACACCAAGACAACUUCAAAGUUUCCCAUGAAGAAGAAGAGUGUCAAGCUCAAACAACUACAACGCAAAGGUAAGAAUAAAGGAAAAUCUUCGAAGAAGGCGGCAGCUGCUACUGCCGAAACUUCAGGGGAUGCAAUGCUAGAGUAGAUUAGUUGUAUCUAGCUUAUGAGAGAUCUUGUCAACACUGUACUCAACCCCAUCCGAGUGUAAUGCUUUUCUCUAAUUGGAAAAUCGAAUGCAUUUUAAGACCGGAA